AUGGGCAACUGGCUGGUCAACCACUGGUUCUCGGCUGCCGUCCUCGUGACCUGGCUGGGCAUCAACAUCUUCCUCUUCACGUACUACUUUCUGUUCUUUGACCGGAACGAGCGGUACUUCUACACCAGGGCCAUCCUCGGGUCCGCCUUGGCGUGGGCACGAGCGUCGGCCAAGUGCCUCAACUUCAACAGCAUGUUGAUUCUGCUGCCCGUCUGCCGCAACCUCCUCUCCUUCCUCCGCGGGACCUGCUCGUGCUGCAGGCGGACGCUGCGGAAGCAGCUGGACCACAACCUCACCUUCCACAAGCUGGUGGCCUACGCGCUGGCCCUGCUCACAGCUGUGCACACCAUCGCCCACCUCUUCAACCUGGAGCGCUACAACCACAGCCAGCAAGCCACCGACGGCAGCCUCCCCGCCGUCCUCUCCAAGAUGCACCUGCAAGGCAGUGACAAAUGGCUAAACCCCAUCCACUCCAACCAGACGACCGUCGAGUAUGUGACCUUCACCACCAUACCGGGGCUGACAGGGGUCAUCAUCACGCUGGCGCUCAUCCUCAUGGUCACGUCCUCCACCGAGUUCAUCCGCAGGAACUACUUCGAGGUCUUCUGGUACACGCACCACCUCUUCCUCAUCUACUUCGCCGGCCUCGUCAUCCACGGCAUUGCCGGGCUGGUGCGCGGGCAGACAGAGGAGAGCAUGGAAGAGGUGCACCCCCAUCGCUGUGCCCAUUAUCUCGUGCACAAGGAUGAGGACUGCAGCCAUGACUGCUGCAAAGACCCCGAGUUCGGGAGCAUCCCCGCUGAGUCCUGGAAGUGGGUUCUGGCCCCUGUCCUCCUCUACAUCUUUGAGCGGAUUCUCCGGGUCUGGCGUGCACGGCAGAAGGUGGUUGUCAAAAAGGUGAUCAUGCACCCAGCCCGUGUGCUGGAGCUGCAGAUGCAGAAGAAGGGCUUCCACAUGGAGGUGGGACAGUACAUCUUCGUCAACUGCCCCGCCAUCUCCCUGCUGGAGUGGCACCCCUUCACCCUCACCUCAGCACCCGAGGAGGACUUCUUCUCCAUCCACAUCCGGGCAGCCGGGGACUGGACGGAGUGUCUCAUCAACACCUUCGAGCAGCAGAAGCUGGAGAUGCCCAGGAUCGAGGUGGAUGGCCCCUUCGGCACAGCCAGCGAAGACGUGUUCCAGUACGAGGUGGCCAUGCUGGUGGGAGCAGGCAUUGGCGUCACCCCCUUUGCCUCCAUCCUGAAGUCCCUCUGGUACAAGUUCCAGCAGGCUGACCAGACCCUCAAGACCAAGAAGAUCUACUUCUACUGGCUCUGCCGGGACACAGGAGCCUUCGCGUGGUUCAAUGACCUGCUUGCCUCGCUGGAGCAGAAGAUGGCCGAGUCGGGCAAGGCGGACUUUCUCACCUACCGUCUCUUCCUCACUGGCUGGAACACCAGCAUUGCCAACAAUGUGGCGCUCCGCUUCGACACCGCUACGGACACAGUGACGGGCCUCAGGCACAAAACCAUCUUUGGGCGACCCAUGUGGAACAGCGAGUUUGCAGCGGUGGCUGCAGCCCACCCCAGGUCGGUGGUCGGCGUGUUCCUCUGCGGGCCCGGGGCCUUGGCAAAGAGCCUGCAGAAGUCUUGCCACCAACACUCCAGCCUGGAUCCCAGGAAGGUCAAAUUCUACUUCAACAAGGAGAACUUCUAA